CUCGCAGCGGCCAACGAAAGCAAGGCGGCGUGUGCCAUUUAUUCUGGAAUUUCUGCCAUCAGUCCUUUCAAGUUCCACCAACAUGGCGCCUCCUCCCCCUGCAGGUGAAGAAAAGAUUGUCAUCCUUCGUACGACGGGUGGUGAAAUCGCCCCCGCGUCUGCGCUGGCCCCCAAGGUCGGUCCUCUCGGUUUGUCUCCGAAGAAGGUCGGCGAAGAUAUCUGCAAGGCGACCCAAGAGUGGAAGGGGUUGAGCGUCACGAUCAAGUUGACCAUCGUGAACCGUGUCGCGACUGUCUCGUUGAUCCCUUCGGCCUCGUCGUUGCUCGUCAAGGCGUUGAAGGAACCCCCUCGUGACCGCAAGAAGGUCAAGAACAUCAAGCACGACGGCAACUUGACGUUGGAAGUUGUGAUUGACAUUGCCCGCACCAUGCGAUCGCGCUCGAUGGCCCGUUCGUUGGCAGGUACCGUUAAGGAAAUGCUCGGCACGGCCAACUCUCUUGGAUGCACCGUCAACGGCGAAGCCCCGACUGAAAUCCAACGACGCAUCACUGAAGGUGAACUUGACAUCCCAGAAAACUAAGUUGAAAGAACAACGAAGGACUCUUCGAUGUCGCCAAUCGUCCUCGCGCGAGCACCAGCGUCCCGUCCGUCGUCCCUUCGAUCACCGCAAGCCGAUGACAGUCAAGAAACUUUAAUAUACUCUGAACCAUCGCUGUGGAAAACACGCAUGAUGCUGGAGGCUGACUGGUUGAUCGAAGGCGGACGUGACGGUGGCGUCGGUGCUCCUGGCUGACGUGGUGGCCGACGCUCGUAUUGUGUUCAUGUUGUUUGCAUUUUUCGUGGGGUGCAUUGUUUUUGGAGUACCAUGGACCGGUGAGAGUACAAUCAAACUUUAAUAUACUCUGACACUUUGUGGUGCGGACGAACCUCAAUAUCCUUGAGGUCCAUGGAAUUUCAUCGUCAUCUUCGACCGCUCUUAUGCUUAACAUUUUUCCUCUUGUGUGGACGGUCGACUUGCUCGAAUUUUUUGUUGCCAUUGCUUGCCUAGCUGACGAAGAUUCAUCACAGACUAGACUCUUUCAGUGAAGUGAUGCAAUCCACUAAUUCGCUUGUAUUCCGCCGGCAUGCGCGAUAUGGAAAUCGAAUUGUCGCAGCUUAGACUUGCGCAGAGGAUCUAUAGUGUAGUGUCAAGCAUUUACUGUUAAUACUCAACCAAAUUGAUGUGUUCCCUUC